AUGGGUUGUGCUAAUGUGAGAGGUGUUUAAAGUCCUUCAAAAUAAGGUAAUAAAGUCGUUCCUUUAGAUGAAAAGCCUGCUAUUUCAGUCUCAAAGGAAGAUCCUUAAACCAAUUGUAAUAAUAAUGUUACACAGAAUACUCAUAAUCAAGAAAUCAAAAAAGAGUAGUAAGAUGAUUAGAAGAAGCAUUACAUACCAAACCAAAAAAAAAGAGUAAAAGAAACUGUUACUAUGAAACAGGCUACAGAUGAAGAGGGAAAUAAAAUGAUUAAUAAUUAUGUUUUCCUUGAUACUUUGGGUAGAGGAUCUUUUGGUAAAGUUAAGCUAGCAGUUAAUAGAGGUGAUACUAAAUAAACUAAGUUUGCUAUUAAGAUUUUUAAAAAGAGUUUUCUUAAGAGAAAACGUGAAUAUUACCGUGAUAGUGGCGGAGCUAUGAAGUAUAAAGAUGCUCUUGACAAUGUAAAAAAAGAAAUUGCCAUCAUGAAAAAGCUACGUCAUGCUAAUGUUGUUAGGCUAUAUGAGGUUAUUGAAAACCCAGAUAAUGAUAAGCUUUAUAUGGUAAUUGAUUAUGCAUAAGGUGGCUAACUGAUAGAAUGGGAUGAUGACGAAGAGAAAUUUUUCUUUUGCAAUUAAAGCUAAAAUGAAGCUUAUACUGAAGAUUAUUUAAGGGAGUUAUUUAGAGGAUGCAUUAAGGGUCUAAGCUAUUUACAUAAUAAUGGUAUCAUUCAUAGAGAUAUAAAACCUCAAAAUAUUCUUCUUGACUCAGAAGGAAGACCAAAAUUAGCAGAUUUUGGUGUCUCUACUGUAAGUGAAACAGAAACUGUAUCUGGCAAUGAAGGAACUUACUAUUUCAUGCCUCCAGAAGCUUUGAGUAAGGAAAAUAGCAAAGAAGGAUAUAAUGGAAAGAAGGCAGAUGUGUGGUCAUUAGGUGUUACUUUCUUUUGUUUUACAUUCCUAGAAAUUCCUUUCUAAGGUUCUAAUCUUUAAGAAAUAUUUGAAGUUAUUAAAUAGAAAGAUUUAGCUUUUCCUUCUCAUAGAGAAUGUAGCGAUGGAUUAAAAGCUUUAUUUACAAAGAUGAUUGAAAAAGAUCCAACUAAAAGAAUUUCUUUAACCUAGCUUAGUGAAGAUCCGUGGUUAAACUUAAAUGCCAAGAAAAAUCUUAAAGAGGAAAUUGAAGAAGGUAAUGUACUAGCUUAAGUUAAUGAAUAGGAUGUUGAAAAUGCUGUAUAAAUAUCUACAGUAGUGAAAAUAAAAACAUGGCUUGCAAGAUGGAAAGAGAAUCAUAAUGGAAAAGGUAGUAUGGAACUAAAGUAAUAAAAUAGUGGAAUAAAAACAACUAUAAAACCAUCUAAUAGUAAUAACUCUCAUGAAUGA